GAACUGCUUGAUUCACUUCUAGAAGAGAGAACGAUUUUUGGAAUAAUGGAAUAAUGCUUUUAACUUGAUUCAGUGCUUCACCAUGUGGAUUUCUCCGAAGGAGGUAUUAGUAUCUGGACCUCUAUGGUUUACAGAACGAACCAAUGAACACUUUGUCUUCCAGAGAAGAAAGGGUCGAGGUAAACCUGGGUUUUACAAUGCUCUUGUUGAAACCUUUGACAGUGUUCUCGACACAAAACCUCCACCUUUCAGGAUCCUUUACAAGGAGGAUGGAAAGGAUUCAUUUACAUGCAUCUCCGUAUCAAUGUCUGAACAUGAAGCUGAGCAAGACUGGAUUUGGAUACAGGAGCAACUCGUACCAAAGGUGAAAAAUUUUGAAAAUCCUGAAGAAGUGACAGAUUUUGUCUGUGGUAAAAUUUCCAGCAUUGUGGCGGACGCGGGGCCAGAAGAAGAUUUAAAUACAUCUGCAGAAAGGGAGAGUGUGGAUUAUAAAUCAACUAAACGUAAAUUCUACAAACUCUUCCAUCUGCCAGAAGGAGAAAAACUAGUGUCCUACUACUCAUGUACGCUGUGGCAAGGAAGAAUCCCUCUCCAGGGCUGGCUCUACCUCACAGUUAACAACCUUGCUUUCUACUCAUUCAUACUCGGCAGUGAAACGAAGAUUUUGUUUCGUUGGACGGAUGUAACAGAUAUAGAGAAAACUCCAGGCUUGCUUCUCCAGAGCAGCAUCAAAAUUUCAACCCGAAGUGAGAGUUACAUAUUCUCACUGUUUAACAAGGAAGGGUAUGGAUUGAUUUCGCAGUUGGCCAAUAUGGGGAUUCGACAACUUAUAUCAGACAGAGCCUUUCAAGAGGACGAGUCCCUACUCCUGAAAACAAGUAAGAAUGUUGCCAGAAAGACUUCAUUUCUCAAACGUGAUCUUGAUGCUAGGAAAGAAACUGAAGCGUACCGAGCCAUGUUCUGCCUGCCAGGAAAUGAGACCCUCGAUGGGAAAGUUGUGUGUUUUCUCUUCACGCCGUACAACAAGAAGUACAGAUUUGGAACACUGUUCCUUGGAACACGAUUUGCCUGCUUCAUGUCCCAUGUUCCUGGCCUUGUCAGUCUUGUCAUUCCUCUUAAAGAUGUUGCCUGUAUAGAGAAGACAAAUUUAAACGUCAACAACGGAAGCUUUGAUGAAGGAAUUGUUUUCUCAAUCAAAAACUGUAAAAAUAAUUUUGUUUUUGGACAGGUGGAGGAUCGUGAUUUUGUUGUGGAGAAGCUAUGUGAGUUGUUGGCUGCAACAACAGAUUUAUCCCCAGUGCAAAUCUCAACUCCAGUGCUUCCUAGCUUUGAAUGUAUUGAACCUCUUAUGAAAAUAUUUAGGGAGAGUGUUGAUCUGACCACAGAGGCCUGUAAAGAGAUCUCUUGGGAACAUCUGUUUGGAGAGUAUGGUCGGGGAAUAUCUAUGUACAGAACGGAUGAAACAACCCAGCUUGUUACCAAGGGAAUCCCUAACCGGUUCCGACGUGAAAUAUGGAUGACAUUUUCAGGGGCCAUCUUUGAUUUAGAGGCCAACCCUGGUUACUAUAGUAAACUGGCUGAGGAAGCAGUCAAAGUAAAAAGUCUUGCUAAUGAUGAAAUUGAGCGUGAUCUUCACCGCUCUCUCCCUGAACAUCCAGCAUUCCAGGUCGAAACAAAAAUUGGAAUUGACGCUCUAAGAAGAAUAUUGUGUGCGUACGCUGCCAGGAAUCCACAUAUAGGAUAUUGUCAGGCCAUGAAUAUAGUUGCCAGUGUUCUGAUGAUAUAUUGCGGUGAAGAAGAUGUAUUUUGGUUACUGGUCGCUGUAUGUGAACGUUUACUUCCUGAUUACUAUAAUACUAAGGUUGUUGGUGCUCUGGUGGAUCAAGGAGUUCUGGCAGAUUUAGUUAAACAAUUUCUUCCAGAGAUUGAUGCAAAGAUUGAAGAUUUAGGGAUGCUACAUCUAAUUUCCUUGUCCUGGUUUCUCACAUUGUACGCUAGCGUUGUUCCCUACAAUACAGCAGUGUAUGUCAUGGACUGCUUCUUCUAUUCUGGAUCCAAGGUCUUGUUCCAGCUUGGAAUGAUGAUAAUGCACAAAAACCAAGAUUUUUUGCUCAGCUGUAGGGAUGAUGGUGAGGCUAUGAUGAAACUUGGAAGAUUUUUCCAAACAAUAGUCCGGGAUGAACCAGAUGUGGUUGAGGGGACUCCAGAUGAUAUAUCAGUCACCAUUUCACAGCUUAUCCUGGAGGCACAUCAAGCAUUCGUUAUCACAAACCAGGAUAUCGAGAAACUUAGAUUAAAACAUCGGUUGAAGGUUGUUCAAAACCUGGAAGAUGGCCAGAUGAAAAAUGUUAUUCGGAGUGUAGCAAACUUUACACACUUCUCACAGGAUGCGCUUAAGAGUUUGUUUGUGCUAAUAAAGAAUGAGCAGCUGAUCAGAAUUGCAAAUGCAAAAGAUCCAAACUCACAGGAAAGUUGAAUC